AUGGUAAUGAACGAACAGAGAGCAAACCUCAGCAGAAAAUCAGCAGAAAAUCAGCAGAUGAGCAUGCAGAUGAGCAUCUUAGAGAACAAGACAGAGGAACUGACAAGAGACAGAGACAACCUCAACUGGACAUUGGGAGUCUUAGAAAACAAGACCGAGGAACUGAGAAGAGACAGAGACAACCUCAACUGGACAUUGGGAGUCAUCCUGGAUUUUAACACCUUUCCAGUAAAUGAACACUGCCCUGAUAAAAAGUGUCAGCCGUGUCUAAAAGACUGGAUUCAGUUCAAGGAAAAUUGCUACCUGUUCCAUGAUCCACACGCUAAUUGGAAGUCAUGGCAAAAUAGCAGAAGAUACUGCCAAAGCAGAGAUGCAGAUCUGGUUGUUAUUGACAGCCUGCAAGAACAGGAAUUCAUCAGUAAUCACACCCAGCCUUACUCCAUUUAUCAUGGAUACUGGAUCGGGUUACAGGUAACUGAUGAACAGAAAUGGCUCUGGGUUGACGGACGUAGUGUCACUCUACAGUACUGGUUGAUGAAGAAACUUAAUAGACCUGGUCGAUGUAUACUGAUGAUACCUGGGAAAAAUGUUACAGCCAGCUGGGACUCAGCACCCUGUGCAAUGGAGAACAUAUUCAUCUGUGAGACCAAAGCCCUGAUAAAGUCAGAGUAG